UAAUCACCUUGAGAAGUCUGCAGAUCCUGCAGCCUGUCCCAUUCACCAGGGGGCUCGGCACUUCUCUUGGCUGCCUCCUCUCAGAAACCCACUGCCAACAUGUCUGACACCGAGGACGUGGAGCAGGUAGAGGAAGAAGUUCAUGAGGAAGUUCAUGAACCAGGAGAAGGCCACGAAGAAGAGGAAAAACCCAGAAUAAAGCUGACUGCUCCUAAAAUCCCAGAAGGAGAGAAGGUAGACUUUGAUGACAUCCAAAAGAAGAGGCAGAACAAAGACCUGAUUGAACUGCAGGCCUUGAUUGACAAUCACUUUGAGGCUCGGAAGAAGGAAGAGGAAGAGCUACUUGCCCUGAAGGAAAGAAUUGAGAAGCGCAGAACUGAAAGAGCAGACCAACAAAGAAUCCGGGCUGAAAAGGAGAAGGAACGUCAAGCCAGGCUUGCUGAGGAGAAGGCAAGAAGGGAGGAAGAGGAUGCAAAGAGAAGGGUUGAGGAUGACAUGAAGAAAAAGAAGGCUCUGACCUCCAUGGGCGCCACAUACAGCAGCUAUUUGGCUAAGGCUGACCAGAAGAGAGGGAAGAAGCAGACUGCUAGGGAAACAAAGAAGAAAGUCCUGGCAGAGAGGCGUAAAACCCUCAACAUUGACCACCUUAAUGAAGACAAGCUCAGGGAGAAGGCCAAAGAACUGUGGGAUUGGUUAUGCCAACUGGAAACUGAAAAAUAUGAUUUUGGAGAAGAGAUUAAGAGCAAAAAGUAUGAGAUCACCACCCUCAGGAACCGGAUUGAUCAGGCUCAGAAGCACAGCAAGAAGGCAGGAGCCAAGGGCAAAGUCGGAGGGCGCUGGAAGUAAAGAAACAGAAAGCGACCGCAGACAGGAGCAUCUCCGGUGGCGUGGCCUCCCCUAACCCUUUUCACAAACCAGUUCUGUUCUUAUGCCUGAGCAACACAAAGAUCACAACACCAGCCUGGAUUGCCUACUGCUUUGUUUUUGAGGACUCCAGCAACUUCCCGAAUCUAGGGGAAGGUCACUGGGGAGCUGAGAUGAUUCCCUCCUGGCAUCUUUACAACCUGCUGCGUGUUUUCUUUAUUUUCCCGAUACCAGCUCUAUGCCUCCCAGUAGAUUGCUGUGUACAAAUCUCUGGAUUUUGUAAAUAAAGUGUGACCGAUACCUACUUCAAUUAUA